AUGGAAGGAUCACACGGAGGCGGGACUUCCGGACGCCAUCUACGUGAGUGGCAGGCGGGAAGCGGAAGUGGAGGCGCUGCUGCUGGUGGUGCUGGGGCCGGAGGAGGGACGCGCCUGAGAGGGGCCGCCGGGACCGAGCGAGAGACAGACGCGCCCACCCGCCGCCGCUUGGGGCCCUUUCGGACCCUCCGCCUGAGUGAGUGCAGCCGAGGUUGUGGAGCCCUGCGGGCCGGCCUGGAGGAUAGGGCGGGGGCGGCGCCUUGUUAUUGUGUAGAAUGAGCCAGGGGGACUCAAACCCAGCAGCUAUUCCACAUGCAGCCGAAGAUAUUCAAGGAGAUGACCGAUGGAUGUCUCAGCACAACAGAUUUGUCCUGGACUGUAAAGACAAAGAGCCUGACGUCCUAUUUGUGGGAGACUCAAUGGUACAAUUGCUACAGCAGUAUGAGAUAUGGCGAGAGCUUUUUUCCCCCCUUCAUGCACUGAAUUUUGGGAUUGGUGGUGACACCACAAGGCAUGUCUUAUGGAGACUGAAGAAUGGAGAACUGGAAAAUAUUAAACCUAAGGUUAUCGUUGUCUGGGUAGGAACAAACAACCAUGAAAAUACAGCAGAGGAGGUAGCAGGUGGCAUUGAGGCCAUUGUACAGUUGAUUAACACAAGGCAGCCGCAGGCCAAAGUCAUCGUACUGGGUCUUCUUCCUCGAGGUGAAAAGCCUAAUCCUUUGAGACAAAAGAAUGCAAAGGUAAAUCAACUCCUCAAGGUCUCACUGCCCAAGCUUGCCAAUGUUCAGCUCUUGGAUACAGAUGGGGGCUUUGUGCACUCAGAUGGUGCCAUCUCCUGCCACGACAUGUUUGAUUUCCUACAUCUCACAGGAGGGGGCUAUGCAAAGAUCUGCAAACCCCUCCAUGAACUGAUCAUGCAGCUGUUGGAGGAAACGCCUGAAGAGAAGCAAACCACACUUGCCUGACUGGCUCCCAUCAGUGUUAACAGCAUCACAGCCUCAUCUGAUCAGUUAUAUCACUGGCACUACAGAAUCCUUCUCUUUCUUAAAGCACUUUCCAUUUUAGAAUGUUCCUGGAUGUUCAUAUCUAGUGUUUGAAGGGGAGGGGGGGAUUUAAACUGGUCUUGUACAUAAAAAGGUUUGGUUUAACUACAAAAAAAUUAGCAAAGGAAGGUUAUUGUUUUUAAAAUAUUCUUCAGUUGAAGCCAGAACAGGACUUUUUUUAGUUGUUUGUGUGACGCUCAUUACAUCAUCAUUGUUUGUUCUCCCUAGGACCACAUCAACCUAAGUAAUGAACAAUACCCAAAUCCCUUUGUUCUUCUUUUUCUAUGGAUUAUGUAAUAUGUAAUAAUUAGGUUGUUACCAGAAUCACAUUCCAUUUUGCUUAAAAACUUUUUUUUUUUCAGUUUUAAAGGUUUGUAUUUUAGGUUUGUUUUUUUUUUUUUUUUAAAUGUGACUCAUGUUCUGGAUUUUUUAAGCCGUAGCACCAAAUUGAACGUAAUUGGCAUUCAAAAAUGGGAGGUGCAACAGGUAGUAGUGAAUGUGUUCUGCUCUCUUAAUUUCCCUCUCGUGCUUCUUUUAUAAGAUCUUAGCUGAAACCGACAGGUUUUCAUCCUAAUCUUUGGGAAACUUUGACGGAUUUUAUUUUUUAUGCUGCUGAAUAUCAUGUCUCUAAUGGACCCACUCUUGCAUUUUCUCUCUCCCUCCCCAUUUUUUGGUCCAUGUUGACAUAUGUCACAUACAAGAUUUUAACAGUUCUUUUGGUUUAAGAGCUCUUUUUGCUCAAAAGUGUGAAUCCCCAGACAGCUGUUCCCAUGAUAACAUUGCUGGCAUCUCAUUUUUGUGUGGUGUUCUGUGCUAUUGAGAUUCUGUGCAGUGCUGUCUAUGUUCCAAGUUCUCAUUUAAAAAAAUUUUUUUAAAGGAUCUGUCAUUCCCUUAAAAAUGUUUAUUUUUUUCCCUUUUGGGGAAAAAAAUGUUUAGUUUCCCUUUCUACAAAACCUAAAAUUAUUUAAAGCCUUAUCAGGUCUUAAGUUGUAUAUUUUUGUUUAUUGAUGUUAUUUUUACAGAUGUUUUAUUCCAGGAAAAAUUGGCCUUCACAAAAGGAGACGCAAGUGUAGCUUUGCUUUGUAGAGAAUCUUUCCUUCCUUGCUUUAUAUUCUAAUAAGAGAAUUAGGUUGGUGUAAAUCAUAGGGCCCUUUAUGAAUGUAUUUACACAUUACCCCUCCUCCCAAGAUUGUUUCAUAAGUGGGCUUGAUAUAUUUUUCAGUUUUUGCCUGAGCAAGAAGGAAAGGCUUUUAAAGUGGGGUUGGGGGGGUUGGGGGGGAAAGGGAAAAUAAUAUAGCUAAGAAUUCAUUGUAUACCUAUGGGAAAUAUACAAACUGGAAUUAUAAAAAAAAAAAAACACAUAACUUUAAACUGGACUAGAUAUUUAUUGCAGUAACCAGUUAAGGUCUAAUUUACUUUAUGCUGCAGAGAUUGAGAUUACUAGUACCCAAGAUUUCACUAGGAGAAUAUUCAUGUAUGGUCUGUGCUUUGCUUUUAAAGCAAGUGGCUGGUUUUUGUGCAGAAGGAAAAGAAAGGAUUUGGGUUGUUGUUCUUUCUCCUCCCUCCCUCCUCCCCCCCAACCUCUUGUGAUUUAGGAGUCUCAGUUGAAGGUUUCAAAGCUUUUUAGAACUUUUUAAAUGGUAUGUAUCAUUUUCCCACUGCAUCUUGUGUUUCCUUACAGAAAACAUACAUGCUGCUCAUACACAGCUUGUUUGCUACAUUAAAAUUUCCCUUCGAUUUUAUUCAUGUCCUAAGAUUGUUCAGAAGAGGCCUUCCCUUAGCUGAGGCAUAGUUUGGGGGAGUUCAGAGUUUAACUAGAGAUUGUCCAGGGCUGUGUCUUACUACUUUCUGUUUGAGAAAACUUCUUACCAUCCAUAUCUCUUUUUAGGAUGUCAGUUGGUGAUGGUGUAGUGUCAACUAACUAACUUACCCUAUAUAGCAUGUGCAUUAGUUUCUCUGCAUUUCCUAUUCCUUCUGAAUAUGUUUCUUCUCAUAUUAAUCCCAGAGCUACUGGAAAUCACGUCAGUAAUAUGGAGUCUUACUGCCUUUUAAGCAAAAAUAGAGAUUUAUUUUGCUCCUUUGCUAACAUCUAAGUCCAAUUUUUUUUCUUGCCAAGUCUAUUUUUCAUCAACAGAAAGUCUUGUCUGCUGUUCUUUUAGAAGUGCCCUAAUUUCCUGCAAUGAUACAACUUGAUGCUUACGCUCUGAACUCUGCUCCCUCUUGUGUGGUUCUUUUUAUAAAAAGCUCUAAUUUAUUGCUUGAGUAAAAUAUGCUGGCUGCUAAUUGUCAUAAAUUGACCCAUUCUCCAGGCAGUUGAGCAGAGGUAGGUCUUACUUAGCUCCCUGUCAGUUUUCAUUCAGAAUUUUCAAUCCCUUCUGCUAUCAUGUGUGCCCCCUAAUUUGGCUGCUGAGGUCAUUUAUUCAGUCUUUGACUAUUGAAGUGCUCCCUGGCUGAGGGCUAUCUGGGACAUGGAUUUUUCAUCUGACAGUCAUAAGCAGUGCUUAGGUCACAACCUUAGGUCUACUCCAAUACUAGGUAAUUUCUUUAAACUUGGCUUUUCAAAAGCACCUCAAACCAAUGAAACAAACAAAAAUAUUAGAGGUGGUCUCUGUUUUCCAUCAUGUCUUUUCAUUUAAAAAAACAAACAAACUUAACUGGCUGUGAAAACCCUAAGCCCUUUCCUUUUUUUUUUUUUUUUUUUUUUUUUAAACCUAGUCGCUGUUUACAGCUGUAUGCUGAAGCCUGAAAUACUGUCUGUACUGUGGUGUGUGUGAGCAUUGCCAAUUUUAUAUUUAUUGCAAUGAUGAAGAAAUAGAAAAGGUGUGGAAAUGAGGAGCAUGUUCAAGCUCUUAAAUAUGUAUGGAUGCAUGUGGGAGAACUGAGGUAGGGCCACCAGGGAAGAAGAUUUUUUUUUUAAAGAGCUUUCCUGGCUUCUCCCUGAUGUUCCUGCUUGGGGAACACCGCUGCUAGCUGACCGGACCUCCCCAAGGGAAGUUUGUGAUUCUGCUUUGGCAAAGUUGCAUUGACUGGUAGAAAUCACUCUGUUUUAGUGCAGAUUUCAAUAUAAAUGUAAACAUUUCAUCCAA